UUACCUGUUCUGUUCUUCAGACUUGUUUUGUCAAGCUGUCAGAGUGCAACCAGAAAGCGCAUCUUUGGCUUUUUGGUGUUAGCAGCAAUGGCCACAUACACAGCUUACAGUGGCUAUACCAAGCCACCAAUGUCUUAUGCUGGAUCUUACUACACAGAAAAACCACCUGUGCCGACGACCUAUUAUCCAGAUUACCAAGCUGACUCUGUGCUGGAAGAAAAAGAGAAAACCGAGAGGAGAAAACGUCGUAACGCGAUUUGUUGUGAGGUUGUGGCUCUCGUCAUCGGCUUCAUUGGACUGAUCGGAGUGGCAGCAGUGACAGGCUUGCCCAUGUGGAAGGUAACAGCUUUCAUUCAAGAAAACAUCAUUGUGAUGGAGACCCGUUGGGAAGGCCUGUGGAUGAACUGCUACAGACAAGCCAACAUUAGGAUGCAGUGCAAAGUGUACGACUCUCUGCUGUACCUGCCACCAGAACUCCAGGCUUCCAGGGGACUGAUGUGCGCCUCUGUGGCUCUGACCUCAUUCGCCCUCAUUGUUUCGGCAGUGGGAAUGAAGUGUACCAAAGUUGUGGAUCAUCGUGCUCGGACAAAGCACAUUGUUCUCGUGACUGGAGGCUGUCUCUUUCUCCUGGGCUGUGUCACUACCUUGAUCCCUGUGAGUUGGACCGGCCGUGUUAUCAUCGCCGACUUCUACAACCCACUUCUGAUCGAUGCCCAGCGGAGGGAGCUUGGAGAGGCUCUGUACAUUGGUUGGAUGACAUCUGGUCUGCUUUUUGCGGCUGGAGUUAUUCUCCUGUGCCGCCACGCGCCUCGCACCCAGAUUCCAGAUGAGACAGAAGUAUAUUAUACUAAUGGAAGUGUCUACCAACCUCCAUACACAUACCAGCCGUACACCUAUCAGCCGGCGUACACCUAUCAACCUCCAUACUCUGAACCUCCACCAGGAAGUGUAGCAUACACACCAAGUCAAUACUAAGCAAUUUUUUGGACUUGAUUUUUAAACCUACAAAGUUUUGUCUCAAACGAUAAGAAGACUCAAGUAACUGAAACCGAUAGGUCAUCGCAUUUUUGAAAAGGGCCUAGUGUUUUGUAUAGAUUGAAAGUCGUGAAUAUGUUAAUGUUUUAAUUAUGAGGAACUGUGUUGAUUUUUCAUUUAUUAUUAUUUUUUCUUACAUAAACACACGUUUGUAUAUUCAACCUAUAAUAUUACAAAAGUAGUUCAUUUGUGAUUGUGGCUUUACAGAUUCUGUCGCUGUUUCUUAUUUGGUUAUUAAUUAGGAUUUUACCAGAGUGCAAUGAUGAUUUAUGUUUAGUUUCAAUUGUUUCUAGUCGAUGUACAUAUUUUUUUCAAAAUAUUAACCUAAGUAUAAUAUCAGUUUCUGUUUCAAAUAAAGAAAUGAGUGACAAAAGUGCUUUGCAAUCUUUAUUUAGUUUUAUUGAUCAGUAUUUCAUGUCUGGUGAAAAAAAAUAAAAUAAAAUAAAAACGUC